AUGGGUUCCGAACCUCCUGACCCCGGUCCCAACAACUCCAACCCUAACUUCCCCCCUCUGGAAUCGCCCUUCUCCCCGACCGAGUCAACGGGCCUUUUUGACACGGACGAGGAGUACGUGGACUACCUGCACGACCUCAUGCAGCGCGUGGUCAUGCCCAACGCUCACGAGUGGUUCCUGAUCUCCGUCUACGCCAUCGUCUUUGUCACGGGGCUAGUGGGCAAUCUCCUGGUCUGCUUCGCCGUGCUCAAGAACGAGCACAUGCGCACCGUGACAAACUACUACAUUGUGAACAUGGCGGUGGCCGACGUGCUGGUCGUGCUGCUGUGCCUGCCGCCCAACGUCAUCGUGGACACCACCGAGACUUGGUUCUUCGGCGCAAUGGCCUGCCACAUACUGCCCUACUUUCAGGAAGUGUCCCUGAGUGUUUCCGUGUACACUCUGGCGGCCAUAGCCGUGGACAGGUACCUGGCCAUAUGCAGGCCACUCAAGUUCCACAUCCGGGCCUCUCGCACCCUGUUCAUCGUGGCCGCCAUCUGGAUCCUUUCCUUCGCCAUUAUGGCCCCUCAGGCCGUGUUCUACGGCUUGGAGACGCACCUGGCUGGCGAGAUUAUCGGCAAACCCGUGUGGAUGACCCAAUGCCUCGAGAAAGGUUGGAGUGGGACAACGUGGCAAAGAAUCUACCACAUCGCCAAAGUGAUCGUGACGUACAUCUUUCCCCUGGUGCUCAUGGGCGUGGCCUAUGCCCUAGUUUGUCGUCGGCUCUGGUCUGGUAUCCCGACGGACGAAACCCAGAGACACGAAGCGGGAGGGCGAUCAGCUGGACACAGCAAGCCAACCGUCAUAAACAAGUCGACGGAAACGCAGCUGGAGUCAAGACGCAAAGUUGCCCGGAUGUUGAUCGUUGUGGUGGUCAUGUUCGCUAUCUGCAACCUCCCCACCCAUGUACUCAAUCUGAUCAGGCACAUGGAGGGCUUUAAGCCGAAAGGCGACAUGGACCCGCACGACAACGGCGGCGAUGGGCUACUGGUGGCGUUCGUGAUCGCCCACUUCAUGACGUACUUCAACAACGCCAUCAACCCGAUCAUAUACAACUUUCUGAGUGCUCGCUUCCGGAAGGAGUUUCAGCGGGCGUUCUCAUGCUGUCCCUGCGUGAGCGUGCCGGAUCGACGCAAGCGGCCCGGCAGCGCGUCCUACCAUCGGUGUCGGGACUUCACCGCGCGCAGCGGCAACAACGGGGUCAGCCAGACCGACUACCGGUCACACGACCACAGCACCGAGUACCUGCAGCUGUCCAAACUCGGCAAGAUGAAUGGGGCUAAUAACAACUCCACCCUGGCAGUCAAAAGUGGCGUACCAACCGUCUGAUAAGUCUCGGGGGAAAAAUCAAUAUCCAAUAAAGAGCUUCACAGUUCCCUUACAAUCACAGUGGACAGGUUCUUAUAGUUAAAUUUAGUAACAAUGAAAAUACACAUACAAACAUGACCUGUGCACUGUGGGGGCGCUCUGUGCAUGCUGUCUGUUGCAGUCAGUGUUGUAUUAUAAAUUGGGUCCCAUUUGCAACAGGGACACAUGCAGACUGGGACCUCGGGUGCCGAAAAACAUGCAAAA